UCUUUCUUUUGACCAUAUAAUAUCUGGGAUCUAAAUAUUUGUUCUGGGUCAUCAAAAAGUUUGCAACUUUUAUUUUUCUUUGUAUUAAUUCUUGGUCAUAUAUACAUAUAUAUAAUAUAUAUACAUAUUCUUGCUUGUUUUUUGAUUCUUUUUGUAUAUAGUUUUGUUAUGGGAAGUUGUAAUCCUAAUCCCAUGAUGGAAGUACUUGAAGAAGAGAAACUAAUAGAUGCAGCUAGGCUAAUUAUGAGAGAAUUGGGGUUAAAAAACAAGAAUUUAUCUAGUGAAGCUAGGAAAAUCUUGGGUGAUUUAGGGACAUGUUUGUCAUCUUUUAUAACAAACACAAUUGAAAAUAAUCAAGAUGGAAAAUUAGAAGAAGAUGGAUCAGAAUUAAGUGAUAUAAAAAACCGGCUUGAUUCGAUAUUUGAGAAGGUUAUGAGUUGGGAAAAUGGUCAAUCUAUGAUUUGGGAUUCUGGUCCUGAUGAAGCUAGAGAGUAUUUGAAAGGUGUGGAUGAGGUUAGAAAGUUAGUUGAGAAAUUGGAAAGUUUUAAUCCAAGUAAAGAAAGUGAAGAAUAUGAGCUUUUGAGAAAAGCUAGUGAUGUUCUUCAAAUAUCUAUGGCAAAAAUUGAGGAAGAGUUUAAGCAUAUGCUUGUUCAUAAUAGGCAGAAUUUCGAACCGGAACGUUUAUCUUUUCGGUCUAAUGAUGAUGAUGGGUUUGAAGAUAGUUCAAGAUUUUCAUUUGGGGAUGAUUCUUUUGAUGAUUCUAUUCAAAGAGAUAGUGUGAGCAGGGGAGCUGAGGUUUAUGUUAUGGAUUUGAUUAAUCCUAAUGUGAUUCUUGAUUUAAAAAAUAUUGCUAGUUUGAUGUUUGAUUCAAAUUAUGGUAAAGAAUGUUCUCAAGCUUUUAUUAGUGUUAGAAAAGAUGCUUUAGAUGAUUGUUUGUUUAUUCUUGAAGUUGAAAAAACGAGCAUCGAAGAUGUCGUAAAAAUGGAAUGGGCAACGUUGAAUUCGAAGAUUAGGAGAUGGACAAAGGCAUUGAGGGUGUUUGUUAGGAUUUAUCUUGCUAGUGAGAAGUCUUUGUGUGAGCAGAUUUUCGGGGAACGUGAGUCAGUUAGCUCGUUUUGUUUAUCUGAGUCGUCGAAAGCUUCUAUCUUGCAGCUUUUGAAUUUUGCAGAAGCGAUUUCAGUUGGACCUCACCAACCCGAAAAGUUACUCAGGAUUCUAGACAUGUAUGAAGUCUUGGCAGAUCUUACACCAGAUAUCGAGUCUUUUUACCCUGAUGACAAUGGGUUGUAUAUUAGGACAGAGUUUCAAGAUGUGCUUAUUCGGGUUGGUGAUUGUGUGACUUCAACGUUUCUUGAGUUCAAAAAUGCGGUGGGGUCUAAUGUGUCAAAUGCCGCGUUUCCUGGAGGUGGGAUUCACCAUCUCACUCGAUAUGUAAUGAAUUACAUUAGAACCCUUAUUGACUAUAGUCAUUCCCUAAAUAUACUUUUGAAGGACCCUAGUGAAGGCGAUGAUCAAGAUUCAUCGUCUUCACCAGAUGUAAGUCCGGCCAUUGAAGAUGAUAGCACGAAUGAGCGUUCAUCUUUAUCUCCAAUGGGGUUGCAUUUUCGGUCCUUGAUGGCACUUCUUGAAUCGAACCUUGAGGAGAAAUCAAGAUUAUACAGAGAAGAUGCAUUGGGGCAUCUUUUCUUGAUGAACAAUAUUCAUUAUAUGGCUGAAAAGGUUAAAGGGUCAGAGCUAAGAAAUGUACUAGGUGACAACUGGAUUAGAAAGCGUAAUUGGAAGUUCCAACAACACGCAAUGGGCUAUGAACGAUCCACAUGGAGCUCGAUCUUGAGCCUACUAAGAGACGAGGGGCUUCACCAUUCUGGAAAUUCGGGUUCAAUCUCCAAAACUUUGCUCAAAGAGAGACUGCAGGGGUUUUACACUUCGUUUGAAGAGAUCUACAAAAGUCAAACCGGAUGGUCGAUACCAAAUGCUCAACUUUGUGAGGAUCUAAGGAUCUCAAUGUCACUUAAGGUGAUUCAAGCUUAUCGAACUUUUGUUGGUAGGCACGCAAAUAAUAUAAGCGAGAAGUAUAUUAGGUAUAGCGCCGAUGAUCUUGAGAAUUAUCUCCUGGAUCUCUUUGAGGGUUCUCCAAGACCAUUGCAUAGUUUCCAUAGAAAAUGAUCUCAUUAGCUUUGGUUUUUGUCUUUGUGCUCAUAUCAUCGUUGUAAAAUGUAUUUUGCAAGAAAGUGGUGUUACUGUGUGUGAAUCUUUUUCAAGUUACAGUUAUGUUAUACACUGUUAAUAGUUGUAAUUUUUUAA